AUGAAAAAGACUAAAAAGACUGGUGGUCCAGUCAAGACUGAAGAUGUUUUAAAGGCGGUCGUUUUGGCCGACUCUUUCACAAAGGAAAUGAGACCAAUUACAUUAUCUAAACCAAGAUGUUUACUUCCAGUUAAUAACAUUCCUAUUAUCGAAUAUAUUUUGGAGUUGUUAGCUUCAUCAGGAGUAAAAGAAAUUUAUGUUUAUUGUUGCCACGGAGCCGAUGAAAUUAAACGUUAUUUGGAAACAUCAAACAAGUGGAAACAAUCACCAAAAGCAACAAGUGCUGAUAUUAAAGUAUCUACCAUUGUUGGAACUGAUGCCAAAUCUGCUGGUGAUGCUCUCAGAAGAAUUGCUGAUAUGGAUUUAAUUAGAAAUGAUUUUAUUUUAAUUCAAGGAGAUGUGAUUAGUAAUAUUAAUCUUGCACCAAUUGUGGAAAGACACAAAGCUGAAAGAAAAUUAGAUUCCAACAUUUUGGCAACAACAAUUUUCCGUAAAUGUACUCCAGAUACUGUUAGAUUCUAUGAAGAUAAUGAUUCUGUUUGGAUUGCUGUCUCUGAAAAGAGUAAACAAUUAUUACAUUAUGAAAAUGAAAAGAAGGAAAAUCUUGAUUUUAAGAUUGAAACUCGUCACUUUAAACAAACAAAAGAUAAUAUUAGAAUUUAUUCUGACGUUAUGGAUUGUAGAAUUGAUAUUUGUUCUCCUGAAAUUCUUCCUGUUUUCCAAGAUCAAUUCGAUUACAAGCAUUUAAGAAAUGAUUUAUUCCAAAAAUAUGUUCUCCACAAAUCGGAAGUUGUUGAACAUAAGGUCAUUGCUUAUAUUGAUGAUAAUGGAUAUACUGGUAGAGUUUGUAAUCUCAAUUCAUAUGAAAGUAUUAGCAUGGAUCUUAUCAAUAGAUGGAUGUAUCCUAUCACUCCAGAUUCUAAUUUUUCUGGAACUACUUCAUUCAGAUAUUCAAGACCAAAUAACUAUUAUGAAUCAAACAUUUCUCUCUCAAAGAGUUGUGUGAUUGGAGAAAAUUGCUUAAUUGGAAGUGGAACAAUAAUUGGAGAAAAUACCAAGAUCAAAGCAACAGUAAUUGGUAAAAAUGUUCAAAUUGGUAAUAAUGUUCAAAUUGAGGCUAGUUUUAUUUGGGAUAAUGUUAUUAUUGAAGAUAAUGUAAAGAUCACAUCAUCUCUCAUUUGUGAUAAUGUCAAAGUGUGUACAAACUCUGUAUUGGAAACCGGUGCUGUACUUUCAUAUGAUGUUGUUAUUGGACCAGAUUUUACUGUCAAAUCUCAUCACAGAUUAACAACUAUUGAAUAUGAUAAGGAUGAAUAUUCCAAUCAAGAAGAAGAAGUUUCAUUUGAUGAUGCCUUUGAAAAUGAAAGAAAAAGUAUCAACCUGGUUGCCAAAAAAGUUGUCAAUAACAAGAAUUAUGUUGGUGUUAAUGGUGUGGGUUCUUUGCACGUUUUGCCAUCCUUCUUGAGCGAUCAAUUAAUUAACAGAUUGGGAGUUUCUCAAGCUGAUGCUGAUAAACUUGAAUCAGAUAUGGCUUUGCGUGAUAAAGUUGUUAAGCCAACCAAACAACAUCAUGAAGAUAUCGAUGAUGCUAAUUUCUUUGAUGAGGUUAGAGCCAGUAUUAGAAGAUCAAUAGACGAAAAUCACAGCAUUGAAAAUGCAAAACUUGAACUUAAUGGUCUCAAGUUUACCUAUGACAGCAGCUUUGAAGAUAUCGCCAUUGGUUGUCUCACUGGUAUUUUAGUUUAUUGUGACACAAUUUCAAAGAAGGAUGACAUUACUGAUUUCCUUUCUAAGUUUAUUGAUGUAUUGACUGGAAAAGAUGGAAAGAGAUGUUGGAUGGAAGUGCUCGAACACUUCUUAAAGUUGGGCGUAAAGAAAUCUAGAGUUUUACUCUUAACCCACUUGUUAUACUUUGUAGCUAGCGAUGAAGGUGUUAAGUAUCGUCCAGCACUUAUCACAAUAGUGAAGAUUUUAAAUGUACAAGAACUUGUGGAUAAUGAUACUGUUAUUGAAUGGUAUGACGAACAUUUGGAUGAAGAAAGUAUGAAACCAAUUUUGGCUCUUUGUAAAGAAUAUGUAAAUGAACUAGAAGAAGGUUCUGAAGACGAAGAUGAAGAAGAGGAAGAAGAGGAAGAAGAGGAAGAAGAAGAGGAAGACGAUGAAGAAGAGGAAGAAGAAGAGGAAGAAGAAGAGGAGGAGGAAGAGGAAGACGAUGAAGAAGAGGAUUAA